GUUGCGUUGUUUGCAAUAUGGCGGCAACACCAGCUUCAAACCCCUCACAGUUGCUACCCCUCGAGCUGGUGGAUAAAUGUAUCGGCUCACGAAUUCACAUCGUCAUGAAGAACGAUAAAGAGAUCGUGGGAACCUUGCUCGGGUUCGACGAUUUUGUCAACAUGGUGCUCGAGGACGUCACUGAAUUCGAGAUCACACCUGAAGGACGACGGAUAACAAAACUGGAUCAGAUCCUCCUCAAUGGAAACAACAUCACCAUGUUAAUCCCAGGAGGAGAAGGACCAGAAGUCUGAUCACAACAGCUUUCUUUUUUUAAAAUUUUUUUAUUAGAUUAUAUUUUGUUUUAUUAAUUUUUUUCUUCAGAACUGUCAUGUGUUUGAGUGAUGUAUUAUUUCAUUUCAAUGUAAAACAUGUUCUCUGUCUGAGUUAUCGUGCCGUCUGAUUGUGUAUCAGAACGAAGAGUUGGGUUAGCCGUGCUUCACAGCGAGCACGGUUCUCUUGUUGUUAAUAAAUAAAUAAACAAUAAAGACUCAUGGAGCCUGAA